AUGGCCCAGAACGAUGACGCAAAGCGCGCGAAUACCGUCAUUACUAUCGCGCAGCUCAAGUUCAAGCAAAAUCUCAAGAAGGAGGAACCUGAAGCUAGUCUCUCUCCGGUCCCUGUGGACACCUGCUCGCAAUUCUUCAGCGCCGUUGAUGCUGUUCUUGCACAGAACACGCCCGUGAACAUCCAGAAAUGUACAGAAUGGAUUGUCAAGCACAUAGCUCCCUCCAGGAUCCGCGUUGCAGUGCUUGGAGACUACUUGGUAUCAGUCUCAAAGUCGCUCAUUGUAGAAACAACUCCAGCAGCUGGAAAGAGGGCAGUGCGCAACCGGCUUGACCUCCUUCUGGUCGUCAAUGAUGCGCUUCAUACUGACAGGUACCACCACCAUAAUAGCACUUCCAACCAUGGCUUGCUCGGGACCGAGCUGGCGUCUCAGCUUGCUGAGCUUGUUGAACUGGCAGCGUUAUGCGCUGUAGAGAAAGGGUCGCAAGCGGAGAACAAGCUCAGGGCUAUCAUUAACUCCUGGGCCGUUAAUCAGCUUGUUGAACCAGACGUAUACAAGACGCUCAAGGAGCGGGCAGACGAGAGUUUCUCACAAGCGCAAGACGGCACGCAUGUUCGCAAACGCAACUACCUUCUGCCGGAGUAUCAUGGCGAGCGAACGGCACCUUGGCACGAGCUGCCAGCAUCAUACAUGCUGGAUCAGAUGAUCAAGCAACCGAACCGUCCCCUCGACCCGCACCGCAUAAAAGUCACUCGAUUCGAUAGAAAGCCAGUCUCGACACACGUCCGCAAACUGCUCGACAACUACUUCGAGAACCUCGACCUCAAGCACACACCGACGGGCGAUAACCCUUCCGGCGACACAGAAAAGUAUAAUCUGCGGCUGGACCCGAUGGGACAGCUGGUCAAGCAUGAUAAGGAGACAAGCGAGACGACGACUGCAGCCAAUGGCUACGGAUGGUCUAUGAAGUUUUGUCAGGACAUGCAGAAAGACGGGGUUCCUGAAAGCAUCAAGACAUUGAGGGAGGAUGCUGAGCGCAUGGAA